AAAGAGAGAGCCACUACUCAAACCACCAAAAUCAUGGGGAACCCGAGUGAGAGAGGCAAAUCUAAUUUUGAAAGUUUUCUUAAACAUAUCUCUCCUAGUGUCCCCGUCAAUUUCCAUACCCAGAGUCGUGUCGGUUCGUCUUCUUCCGGAGCCAAAGCAGAACCAGAGAGAAAGCCUCACAUUGUCCUCGGUGACAUCUGGGAGGCCUACGAACUUUGGAGCUGUUUCGCUGUCGGCGUUCCUCUUACGCUGAGGAGGGAUACUACCCAGUACUAUGCUCCCACCCUCUCCGCGAUCCAAAUCUUCACCAAGAAGCCUCUCAUCGAUGGAUCUUCUUCAAGGAGCUUCGGUGAGGACUGUCAUCUUUACUUGGAGUUCGAUCAGCCAUUGAGUUUUGAAGAAAGGCCUCCUCUUAUUGAUACUGUUGCAGAACUGGCUGAGACGCACCAUGGAAUGAAUAGCCUAAAAAGCUCUGAUCUGUCUGAAAACAGUUGGUUUUGUGUUUCCUGGUCUCCAUCGCUUCAAAUUCCAACAGUGGAAGACGUGGAUGCAUAUUUCCUGACCUAUCAUUCAAUGACACCCGUCUUCCCAGAAACAUUUCCUCAAGAGGCAAAAGUUGAGCUUCCUGUGUUUGGAGCAGUGGGUUCCAAGCUUCCCGACGACGUUUGGAACAUGCCAGGCACCACAGAUCAAGAGAACAUCAAGAUGCAUGAAGAGUCUGCUGCCUCCUGGCUGGGAAAAGUCAUGUUCACCCAAAACGAUUUCAAAAUGUUUAUGGCUGGGAAAGCUACUGGUCUGCCAUUUCCAACUGGGGUGGUAACUAGUAAGUAUUAACUAUCUCUGCAUUGAACCUCUCAUACAUCCUGGUGAUGUCAGUGAUGUGAUGUUUUCUGAGGGAAAGUUUGGUAUCUUUUUAUUAUGGAAUCUUUUGAUGAAACUUUGCGAACAUCUGGAUUUGGUUGUUUUGCUUCAAAAGUGGCAUGUGGGAUUGUUGUCAAAACUCAUUAUUUUCUUAUUGUAAGGUUAUUUGGAUUUGAGUA